AUGCAUAUAGGUGGGUUGGAAGAGAAGAUCGAAAUGCUGAAGCAAACGGCGCAAGCGAAACUAGAGAGGUCUUUAAGUACAGGGACACCAAACGACAUGCAGGAUCUGAGCAAAACGCUAGAAGAGCUCGCUGAUCUAAAACUUCAGAAGGCUCCGCGUACAGAUGACCAAAACGACUGGGAGGAACUCAAUACGACAAAUCAACGCCUUCUGGGAUUGAAAGAACAAAUCUUCAUUCGUGGAUGUCAUCCAAAGGCCAGCGAGGAUUUCAGAGCCACACAACAUCGAAUUUCGCAGAUCAUAAAUGAGCAAGAAAACCGUAGGCGCGGCUUGUAUCGUGGAGUAUGA